AUGCCGGAACCCGGACCGGACGCUCCCGGCACCGCCAGCGCACAGCCCCCUCCGCCGCCGCCCCCACCACCCGCUCCCAAGGAGUCCCCGUUCUCCAUCAAGAACCUGCUCAACGGAGACCACCACCGGCCGCCCCCUAAGCCGCAGCCGCCCCCACGGACGCUCUUCGCGCCGGCCUCGGCUGCCGCCGCCGCCGCGGCCGCUGCAGCCGCCGCGGCGGCCAAGGGGGCCCUGGAGGGAGCCGCGGGCUUCGCGCUCUCGCAGGUGGGCGACCUGGCUUUCCCCCGCUUUGAGAUCCCGGCGCAGAGGUUUGCCCUGCCCGCGCACUACCUGGAGCGCUCCCCAGCCUGGUGGUACCCCUACACCCUGACCCCCGCCGGCGGCCACCUCCCGCGACCUGAAGCCUCGGAGAAGGCCCUCCUGCGAGACUCCUCCCCCGCCUCGGGCACGGACCGCGACUCUCCGGAGCCACUGCUCAAGACUGACCCCGACCCCAAGGAGCUGGACUCCAAGAGCCCGGACGAGAUCAUUCUGGAGGAGAGCGACUCCGAGGAAAGCAAGAAGGAAGGCGAAGCGGCGCCAGGCGCAGCCGGGGCAGCCGCAGGGGCGGCGGCGGCGGCGGCGGCGACUCCGGGCGCAGAGGACUGGAAGAAGGGCGCGGAGAGUCCGGAGAAGAAGCCGGCGUGCCGCAAGAAGAAGACGCGCACCGUCUUCUCGCGCAGCCAGGUCUUCCAGCUGGAGUCCACCUUCGACAUGAAGCGCUACCUGAGCAGCUCGGAGCGCGCCGGCCUGGCCGCGUCGCUGCACCUCACUGAGACGCAGGUCAAGAUCUGGUUCCAGAACCGCCGCAACAAGUGGAAGCGGCAGCUGGCGGCGGAGCUGGAGGCAGCAAACCUGAGCCACGCCGCGGCGCAGCGCAUCGUGCGGGUGCCCAUCCUCUACCACGAGAACUCGGCGGCCGAGGGCGCGGCGGCUGCAGCCGCGGGAGCCCCGGUGCCUGUCAGCCAGCCGCUGCUCACCUUCCCGCACCCCGUCUACUACUCGCACCCAGUGGUCUCCUCCGUGCCGCUGCUACGGCCGGUCUGA